AUGGGAACCCAAUUUCCACUAACUAUUUGCCUUAUAGCUUUGACCUUUGCUCAUGUUUCCCUUGCACAGAACUCCCCUCAAGACUACCUCGGAGCCCAUAACGCACCUCGUGCACAGGUCGGGGUUGGACCGAUGACAUGGGACGUCACCGUUGCAGCCUACGCACUGCAAUAUGCUAAUAAAAGGAUUGAGGACUGUGAUUUGGUUCACUCGGGAGGACCCUACGGCGAGAACCUCGCGGAAGCCUCCUACAACAUGACCGGUGCGGAAGCAGUGAAAUUUUGGGUCGACGAGAAGCCUCACUACGACUACGCCGCCAAUGAGUGUACCGGCAAAGAGUGUUUGCAUUAUACGCAGGUCGUUUGGCGAAACUCAACUCGGCUAGGGUGUGCUAGGGUUCAAUGCAAGAGUGACUGGUGGUUUGUGACUUGCAACUAUGAUCCUCCGGGGAACUACCUUGGAGAACGUCCCUAUUGA